AUGGCUUCCACAAGUAGUAGCAUUCUAGUUGCUUGCUUGAUGGCAAUGAUGGUGCUUCUGGUAGUCGCUACUGAUGAUAAAACUCCAACCAUCUGCAACGUUGGGAUUUCCGAGCUUGCAGAAUGUCUCCCAGCAAUCACUGGUGACAAACCAUCUUGGCCAACAAAAAGAUGUUGCAAAGUGAUGCGCAAGGUUAACUUGCCAUGUCUCUGUGACUACAAGGAUAAGUUUCUUCAAUAUGGAAUCAGCCCACAAAAUGCCAUGGCACUGCCCAACAAAUGUGGUCUGACACUCCCAGUGCAGUGUGGAGGCAAAUAUUAA